UCUAGAAUGUGUUAUGUCUGGUAUGUUGUAGAACAAGAACUUGGCCUCUUCCAUUGUUUAUCCCCCACAAUCCACUUCUCGGAUAUGCGCAGCUCCAUUCCCUCUGCGGAUGAGCUCUUCUUCGUAGAGACCGAAGAUGAAUGGAGGGCAUUGGGACAGACUUACCUUCAGCUGGAAGGCCCAGGCAAUCAGUCGCGACUACACCUACAAUCCCUGGCAGAGUUCUACUGCAUGUUCCUUCGACAUGAUUUUCUGGAGCUGCAUUGCCAUGUCACCGCCUUACAGUUGAGGCUCUUGCUGUGUGCUAUCCAGACUCAAAUCACUCAGUUCGUCCAAAAGUAAUCACUUUGUCAGUGGAGAACAAUCCUAUGCCAACGGACCAUAUUUCGAAUCUAGCAGUUUUGCAUCUCUUCGGCAAGAAGAACUGCAAACCAUGCUUAUCAAGUGGUAUAUUCUGCAAAAAAAGAGGUCCUCGGGGGCGAUGGCGAGACUGAAAUGAUCCUGGCAUGUAAGUUGAGUUAUCAUUUAGUGUGGCUGGAGCUGCUCAUGUGCUUCAGUGACAUCCAACUCCUCGCUGGCCGAGAAGGACCAGCUGGUGCCAAGCCACUCAUACCAGAAUUCCAACCAUGGGUUCGAUCGCUAUCUCGCUCAAGGCGCUGGCGCAUGUAGGCCAAGUCCUCAAGGUCUUACAGUGUCCAGAGUAUGUUGUCCUGCGACCGCUCCGGUGGCCGAUGGCUUUAUUCCGCGUUUCGUUGACCAUGUGGGUUUAUAGCAUG